AUGCGGUCCGGCGCCGGGACCCUUUCAGCGCAGGCUCCAGCCGGGCACCUGCCUCCUCCCGUCCUGCCCUUUCUCUUUCCCUUCCUCAUGGCUUUCUGCACUUUUUUUCCCUUCUGCAGUCUUAAGGCUUUCUUUUCCCACUUCCGUAGCUACCAACACCCACAUGGGUUAUCUCCUUCCCCCAUCCCAUCCUGGAACCUAUUUAUACAGAGCCCACUUCUGCCCGGCUCGCCAGAGAGCGCUGGAGGAGCGGGACGGGGCUGGCGCGCACCGCAGCCCAACAUGCUCUUGUUUGAACGCAGGUUGGCAGAAAGAGGAUGCUUGCUGCUCUGGCUGCUCCCGUUCAUCCUCAAAGCCCAGUCUAGCGAGGAGGUGAGGCCCAGGUCCAUGCCGUGCCAGCAGAGCCCCACAAAGGUGUCUUGCAAAGGAGCUGGGCUGCUCGAGUUUCCAAAGGAGCUCAGCCAGGGAGUCAAACACCUUGAGCUCUCCCACAAUUUCAUCCAAAGCCUAUCAGGCAGCUCCAUGCCAGGGCUUGGGCAGCUUGAGCACCUGGACAUGUGCUUCAACCAGCUGGAAGCGGUGUCAGUCUCCGCCCUGGCUCAGCUGCCCCAGCUGCGCUCACUCCUGGCGGGGUCGAACCAUCUGGACCGCAAUUACAUCGCUAACGGCCAAGCCUUCCAUCUGCUCAGGAACACAGAGGUCCUGGACCUGUCAGUGAACAACCUGGAGAGCCACAUGGCAGCCUGGUACAUCAGCAACCUCACCAGGCUGAGGCUGCUGGAUCUCUCCGGGAACAAGGUGACCAAACUGCCAGCAGGGAUCUUCCGGAGCGCCCCACGGCUGCGUGAGCUCGACCUCAGCAACAACUACAUCAUGGAAAUUGAGGAGGGAGCUUUUGAGGCUCUGGAAGAGCUGGAGGUGGUGAACUUGGCUUUGAAUUCUCUCCACUGUGUCUCUGGCUUUAGCCUCACACAGGUGCGAGUCUUAAAUCUCAGCCACAAUGCUCUGGAGCUCUUUGUCUCGGAGGAGGGAGUGGAGCCCUACCUGCUUCGAGUGCUUGACUUGAGCCAUAACAGACUCCUGUAUUUCCCAGCGCUCCCCAAAGCCCAUCAUCUCACACACCUGAACCUCUCCAACAACCUCAUUGCCUCCCUGCUCCCAGGCUCAAGCCAUCCAGGGGAGUUUGUCCUGCUCUACGAGGAGAUGGCGAGGGUUAACAGGACCUGGCACGCUGCAGCUGAGCUGGUGCAGGUAGUUGACUUGGAUCUCAGCAACAACCGCCUGGAGCUGUUCCCGUUUCCCUUCUUCCACAGCAUGGGCUCUCUGCGCAGCCUCAGCUUGGCUAUGAACUGUCUCCAGGAUGUAGCCAGGGAGUCACCCUCUGAUGGCACAGAGCCCAGGGACCACUCGCCCACCCUCUCUGUGCGCUGGCUGGACCUCCACGACAAUGCCUUCCAGGUGCUGCCACACUGGUUUUUCCACUCUCUGCCUCAGCUGGAAACAAUUGAUCUGAGCUCCAACAGCCUCCAGCCUUGUGAGAGCCAGGGGAGGGACCAGGGGGACGCUUCAGGAGGGGACUUUCACAUGCCAGCCCCAAGAGGCACCUGCACCCCCUUCUACAACGUGCCUCACUUGAAGCACCUGAGCCUUCGCAAGAACAGCAUCAGCAGGCUGCACCCCUAUGCCUUCAACCAGACCUCCCUGCUGUCUCUAGACCUGUCCCAGAACCGGGGCUUGUCUGUACCUAAAGAAGCCCUGAGGGGCUUGGAGUUCUCCCUGCAGCAACUUUCUCUGAGGGACAACCAGAUGGACGACAGCGAAGCAGAACUGCCCUGCCUGGAGACGCUCCGAGUCUUGGACCUCUCAGGCAACAAUCUGAGCCUUUUGCCCGCAGGUCUUCUCUGCUCCCCGCUGGAGAGCCUGGACGUGCGCCGUAACAACCUGCCGGCGCUGGAGGAGGCAGCACUGAGGAGCUGGUCCCGGAGCCUGAAGGCCAUGUCCAUCGCUGGAAACCCCUUCAGCUGCUGCUCGCUGGCCUGGCUGGAUGCGCUGCGGGAGAGCCGCGUGGACCUGCUGGACUUGGACCAAGCCCUCUGUGCCUACCAGGACCGGAGCAGGAACUUCUCAGCCAAGCUGACCAGCAGCCCUCGCUGGCUUUGCCCGAGCCCCGCCAGCUCUUGGUCCCUGCUGGUGCUCCUGCUGAGCCUUUUGUUUCUCAGCGCUGCGGCUUGCUGCUGUCUGAAGCAAGGGCAGAAGGCAGCAGAGUGUGCAGGGCUGGGCAGCAACAAGGUCUUCCCCCUGCAGCCUGAGAGAGAGGAGCCAGCCGAGGGGAAGCCAGCAGACAUCGUCACCGAAGUGUGAGGUGGAGGUGCAGCAAUCAGCCAGAACUCUGAUGAACACUGAUAACAUUUCUCACUCUGUUGUACUUCAGAGCUCCACACCAGGACCCAGUGUGUUUCAGAAGCCCCACGCA